CCUGGAAGCGACUGGGAAUCAUCGCACAGACCAAUAAACCUACAGGGAUGCUUUAAGCCUUUUCGCCCUCCCCAAAGUGUUCUGGAACCUAUCGUUUGAAUUAGCCAAGUCAGGCAGGGAGGGGGCGGGAGUCCUUCCGCUCUUAGGAGGGGCUGCAUUGCAGGGGGAGACUGGGCGGACAGCCUCAGUCAAGGAAGAGGGAGAGGGAGUGAGAAGACAAAGCCGUUGCUCCCCAGCACCUGUCUUCCUCUCCAGCCCAGAGCAGAUCCCGGAGGCCCCGAGCCAUCCCUCGCUCUCCAUCUUUGGAACACGCUAGUAAUUUCUCAAUAACAGGAAGCUAUGAGGGAUCCCGUGAGUAGCCAGUACAGCUCCUUUCUUUUCUGGAGGAUGCCCAUCCCAGAACUGGAUUUGUCGGAGCUGGAAGGUUUGGGUCUGUCAGAUACAGCCACCUACAAGAUGAAGGACAGCACCGCUGGCAACGGGACCGGGCAAGCAACUGGAACAGAGAAAAACCUCGAAGGCGACACUCUCCUUGAGUAUAGCACCUUCAACUUCUGGAGAGCUCCCAUUGCCAGCAUCCACUCCUUUGAACUGGACUUGCUCUGAGGCUGACCUGUCCCUCCCACCACCUUUCCCUCACUGUCUUGCCUUUCAAACCCUCUCCCCUUCCCAGCCAUUUCCCACUUGAACCUUGUUCUCUCUCCCUGUAUUGUGUUGGUGGUGCUGAUGAA